GAACUGAUCCCAAACCUAACAGUGCACACCAUCAUGAGAACUCAUGACUCCAUCCUAUGUUCGCCGACUCAUGAGAGAAAUUUUGUGCCUCCCUCCACCGCCUGGUCAACGCCUCACUCACAUCCCCAACUCCCCCUACCAACAAUGAUUCGGCCCCCCACAUUCUCCGUCAAGCUUCGACUUCCGGCUCAUGGUGGGGUCAGGCUAUUGAUCAGUACCUACCUAUCCAAGUCUCUUACGCGUAAAGUACCGUACCAAGGAGAGCAAAGAAAACUCAGGACCUUGAUCCUAAAUGAUACGAAGACUUAGGUCCGAUGUUUUCUUGCCCCGCCGAGAGUAGAGUGCCUUUUGCGAUGUGUGGCCUCGAGUCGGCUCGUUUCGGUGAGUUACUGGAAAUGGGACGUGUGCAAUUGAGGAGCGAGAGAAUUGUUAUGACCUUCCUUGACUGCUUGGCCCUUAUCCCUGGGCGGCAUGGCGUCUGUAGAUCUCGUUUCGGUUUCCAUGCACCAACGGUUGUGGCUAUCCGCAGUGGUUUCUGAGAGGUGCAGAUAAGAGCCGCAAACAUCGCAGUGACUUAGACAACGAACGUUUCAGCAAGUCAACUUAACUCUAUUAUUCAACGAUGGCUUAUUAGAGACAGACAGUAAGCGUGGAAUGGCAGCUCAACGUCUCGACAAACUUGUUGCAUACAAGAGGAGUUCGGAUUUGCGGAAACCGACGGACAAACGAGAAGACUCGACGUUGAAAUGUAUCGGUACCUAACCGAGUACACUGAGCCGGAUACCUAGGAUGGCAGUUGAGAAAGACGCGAAAUUACAUUGACAAAUGGAACCACUGGGAGUUGUUACCUGGCAUAUUCGAAAUUUUGACAAGUUCAUCACCACCACCACCUGAAUAAUUAUCAAGACUUUGAAUUAUAUGGCACUCCAUAGCUCUAGUAAAAGUCUUCCUGAGGUUCAUGGGGAAUUCCUAACCCCGUACCCUACUCCCUAGCUUCAAUGGCAUAUCUGACCUGGAC